CACAUUUUGCUUGUUGCUGGUCAACUAUAAAUAUUCUUACAUUGUAUUCACUUCUUAUGUUAUUCCAUUCACUCAGAUAUUAAUAUAGCGUUAGAGGUUUCUCAGGAACCAUUCUGCCUAGUGGUCUGGCUGUCUGAGCUGGUCUCAGCUAAGUACCACAUGUCUAGCUAGGUGGUCAGAUUCCUAAGUUCAAAAAUAUGAUGGGGGAGAACCUGUACUGCAGUAAUACAUUAAACAGUAUGGUAUGUAAAAAUGGUGUUUUGAGUAAAAGAUAAAAUAAAAAAAAAAUGUUUCGCUGUGUUCUUGUUAGUUAUGGUAUAUUGUAAACCAAUAUACGAGAUAAAUUUUAGUGGUGAUCUUGUAAAAUGGCUACUUAUGGCGCUCUUUUUUUAAUUAUCUGAAACAAAGGACCAACAGGAAUUCAGUCUGAAGUUGAUUAAAUCUUUGUACAAUCCACUGCAGCAGUUACUUGAGAGUUGACUACGUAAACUUUCAAGUAGCUUCCCAUUAAUCCUACUUUUCAAACGUACAGACAUACCUACUGAAUGAUGCACUUCACAAUUGUAGACAAAACAGACUUGUGCUUUACUCUGUCACUGUGGCGCUGUUAUAAUGGUGUAGACUAAGAACAGUAUUGAUUAGAGACAUACUGUUAUAUUAUACCACAGCUAUGAAAUGAGAGAAUAUUUGUUGUCUAUGAUAUAAUUAUAUAUAGAGAUACAUAUAUAUAUAUAUAUUUACAUAACACAUAAUAUAUAUUUUAUGAAAAGUUUUGACAAAAUUUAUGUCAAGCCUCAGCAAUUACUGUUGCUUGGUCAGUGUUGGUUGUUGUAUAAAAUUAUACCUUUAAAUGUUAAUUCUUUUAUGGAAUGAUGUUUUUGCUUGUACAAAGGCCUUUUCAGAGGUAAUUGUGUUUGUGAUAGACAGGGAAAAUAAAUUGGACUUUCUAUUUCUUGGCAAAAAUUACUUAAUGUAUUGUGAAAUGACAAACUACGCAGGGGUCCAGAAAUACAACUGAUAUUUAAAUAAUCCUGCUACUUAAUAAAUUCUACUUGCCCGUGCAUUUAAACCUCAGUGGCCAUUUCUCACCCAAGUCUCUCCUGAUUCACUGCUAGAUGGCUCUGGCAGUCAAAUCAGGAUUGAGUAGAAAUUGUGCAGAGUCAGUGGGCUCGUCACUACUCAUAAAUGCACGCUUCAAAGACAUAGAAACCUCCCACAUGGGAGGAGGCCAAGGCUCGACUUCGGGCUGUCGCACCAUAGAAUACAUUUAAACCAAGACUAAAAAUUCUAAAAGUUGCUUAUGUGGUGAGUGCAUGGGCAUGUUUCUGGAGCCCUGAAAAUAGGUGGGUUUUUUUACAAACUUUUCUGUAUUUGUUCUUGGUGUCUGGGAUAAAAAUGUGAAGAUAAGUUGAAUGUAAUGAUUGUAUAAUUAUAUUUAUACUUAAGGGAACAGGUAUAGGGUUGAGUGCAAACUUUGUGAGGAAAAGAACGAGAAAACGUAGCUGUAGUUUAACCAUGUAUCAUAUGGGUUUGAAAUAUUUGGAUAUCACAAAGUUUUAAUGUUUCCAAAUGUGACUGUCAAGAGCACGUCACCUAUGUCCAUUUCUCAUACAAUUUUGUAAAUCCAAUUUUUGUAUCUUUAAAUUUUAAAGAGGCAGAAUACUUUGCAGUUUUUUUGGAGAACAUGAAUAGAAUAAAUUUAUGAUUACAAGUGUUGAGAAAUAAAAGUCCAUAAGCACGUUCCUUGAAUUCAUUCAGUUACAUUACACUCCAUAGUUCCCAUCUAUUCCAAAGUCCUGUUAAGAAAUUGCAUCCAUGUUUUGGUACAGUUAUUGUAGAUAUUUUUAAAUUUUCUGUACCAUUGCACCCACUGAAGCUUGAGGUACUAAUAAGCCCUCCCUGCCCACACAUUUUUCUAUCCAAAAACCUCAGUAAAUACUUUUAACAAGAACAGUUUUGAAAACUUGACUAACUUAAAAGACUAAUCAUCGGCUGCAUGCAAGUUUCUCUUAUUGAUACGAAGAAACAAUAAGAGAUGGCACAAUGGGCUUUAUUCGGUAGAAAGUAAGCCAUAGUUUUGGAGUAAAUACAAAUGAAUAUAUUCAAGAACCAAAAUUUAAAACCCCGUAAUAAAUUAUCGGUCCAUUCAAUAGAAUUACGGGCAAAGAUGACGUUUCUUUAUGCGAAAAUAUAAUGCAAAGAUACACAAAAACUUGCAACAGCGUACGUCGACCUUUCAGAGCAAGUAUCGAUAUAGUCAAGUUCAGUGCACUCCUGUCAUCUACAGCAGGCAGAUGUAACUAUGACUAGUGCUUAGUUGUGUAUGGAGUCGAUGUGUUAAUUAUUCUGUAAAUAAAACAGUUUUGUAGAUAUGUGCAGUGUGUAUCAGUUUUUGUUUCGUGUUGAAGAAACUUUAAUUAACAUUUAAACAAUACAGACAUUCCGGGUGAAGUCGGUUAAUGAUCAGGCUGGUGCGCCUGCGUGUUGCUCGUGGGGGUGAUGGACCUCUCUGUUUAUCGUCAGCAGCUCCGCAGUGGAACGUGACCUUUAUGUAACAACACAGCUCUGUUGGCGGGCGGCCGGCCGGGUGGGGAAAGCUCUCCCGCGAGCUUGCUCGGAGCUUCAGUCUUCGGUCGCCCUCCGCGCCGUUAGGAUAUUGUGUUCACGACAUGGCCGACAGCCUGCACCACGAGGUAACGCCGAAACACACCACCAUUUAAUAUAGCUGUAUCAUACCCAUGCAUACGCAGUACUACACAAGAAAACGUGAAGAUCAUGGCUAGAAGUGCAUUUGUUGAUAGAAACCACAAACUGGAAGUAGAAAUGUUUGAAAAACGUCUGAAAGAAAGAGGCACGAAUGUGGAGCUUUGUUUUGGUUACGGGAAUUCACUUGGAAGACAACGGGAAGUUUACGACGUGUUAUCGCAUUUUUGCCAUGUUCAGAGUAGUGACAGUGGCGGUGUUGUGUCCCAGGAGAAACUUCGCCCCUUAGCAACAUCUGUGAUAGAUGCGAUAAUGUCCAGUACAGCAGGUCCGAGUUCGUCUCCAGCAAGAGGUUUUUCGUGUCGGAUAUGUGAAGGAAUUCUUCUGCAGCCUGUGACCACAGCGUGUGGGCAUACUUUCUGUCGCCGGUGUUUGGAGCGGGAUACGUCAAGAAACUGCAGACAGUGUGGGCAGAAGAUCGCGGGUGGAGGAGGCAUGCUACAAACGAACGUGUUGAUGAAAGGGUUGUCUGAGAAAUGGUGGCCUGAAGAAGUUCGAGCUGCGAGACUCAGGGAACAGGGCAAUGAGCUCCUCCAGCGGAACGAAAUGGACGCGGCUCUGGCGAAAUAUGGCGAGGCCUUGCAGAUCGCUCCAAACAACCACCUGCUACUUAGCAACCGCUCACAUGCACUUUUCCAACUGAAUCGAUUCCAGGCUGCUCUUGAAGACGCUGAAACUGUUGUGAGGUUAUGUCCGACAUGGGGAAAGGGUUACUACUGCCGUGGAAUGGCGCUGACAGGUCUUGGCAGAUACGAAGAUGCUAUACUCUCUUUCUCAGUCUCUGUGGCACUCGAUCAUGACAUGGGAGCUGUGCGUCAUGAAAUGACACACGCUCUGCACCGUUUUCUGGCGGGCGCCCCGGCUGGGUACCGAGCUCGCUGCAACUCUCUCGGUGUGCUGGCUCCAUACUCUCUGCAUGGCAGGCGUCCACGCUUCCUUGCCGCGUCCUAUCCAGCUCUCAAUUGUAGUGACUGUGAAGACAGUUUCAGUGGCGAGGAGGAUUUCUUACAGGUGCCGCAGAAGUUUUCGUCGACAUCGCUUGGCGGUCCAGCAGCUCCUGUAGUGCCACAGGAGAGCACAAGACUGCGUUCUCUGGUAGAACGCAUCUUCCAGGAAGUUGAAAAGAUAAAACGAAUGGACGUGAAGCUGGAGGAUCUGGUUGUGAACCCAGAUCUUGUUGAGCAGUCUGAUUUUGACUGUGUGUUGUGUUGCCGCACGCUGUGGCAGCCAGUCACGACGCCUUGUGGGCACACUUAUUGCUGGAUGUGUCUGGAUCGCUGCCUGGAUUACAGCUUUGCCUGCCCACUCUGUAUGACCUCACUUGCUGAUUACUUGUCCAGCAGUCAGAAAGCAGUAACAGAGGUGAUUGAGCACUCUCUAAGGCUACUCCUCCCUGCUGAGUACUUGGCUCGUCAAGUGACACAUCAUCAGGAGUUAUCAGAGUUGGUGCAGCUAUGGGGUGGUCAGGUGCCAGUGUUUGUUUGCACCACAGGGUUCCCAGGUGUCCCCUGUCCUCUAUAUGUGUAUGAACCUCGUUACCGUGUUAUGAUGCGACACUGCGCAGAAGCUGGCACUCGUGAGUUUGGUAUUGUUGCUUGUCUCACAAAGGAUCCUGGAAACAAAAGCUAUGCUGAGUUUGGUACAAUGUUGGAAAUCAGAGACUGGAUUCUUCUUGACAGUGGUUGCUCUAUUCUUACGACUGUUGGUGUCCGCCGAUUUCACGUAUUGACACGUGGUGAAAGAGAUGGUUAUGACACUGCAAAGGUGGAAUAUUUUCGGGAUCAGCCUAUACCUGCAGAUAAGCUCCCAGAUCUGAAAUAUUUACAUGAGCGAGUUCGUCCUAAAGCAUGGCAAUGGUUUAACUCUUUGGAGGCAGAGCUGCAGUCUGAGAUAGUGAGGGCAUUCGGUCAGAUGCCAGAGCUCGAAGAAGACUGGCCGUCAUUGGCUGAUGGACCUGUCUGGACAUGGUGGCUUCUGGCUUUCCUUCCCUUGAGCCAGGAGCUGAAGGUUGAGAUAUUGGCCACAACAAGUCUGGAGAAGCGCUUACGAGCCAUCGACAAGACGCUGGAUCGUAUACAGGCAGCAGCUGUGAUAAAGCAAGGGCAAGAUGUGGCUGUAGCAACCAGGCCUGAGGAACUAACCUCAAACAGCAGGCAUCAAGCCAAUCAGACACAACAGACUGGAGAGUCACUUUACGAGCAGGAAAGACAGAGUCAACAUACUGCAACUUCAAGCCACCAACUACCACAUCCCAUUUUCAAUGCAAGCUUUCUGGGGGAUAACAGAGAACAAGUUAUGGAGUCAUCCUGACUAGCACGGGUAGGCAGGCGGAUAAAUAGGAGAGGUACACGAUCCGGGGGGAAACUAAGAUGCAGAGUAGUGAAGGCUUCGCUGUUAAUGAAGUAAUUAACUGGUAAGAGGAGGUAAUGCUAUUCCAGAGUGUAGUCAGUCAUUUAGUUGGAUAUAUAAGUAUGUUAGUGUUGGAAGGCAGUUUUUUUUUAAGAAAUUCGAGGAAGGAAAGAGUAUUGAAUAAUAUUGCUGAAAAAUACCAUAUUUCAUCACGUACCCUAUAUUUCAGAUUUUAACUCAUAUUCUGUAAAUGAGGCUCUCAAAAGUGCAUGUCCUCCAGGCUUGGUAAUAUCUGAAUUAGAUACAUUUUUGCAUCCUCCAUGCACAUGUGAAUGGCUACGUACUGGUCUACAGGUGUGUAUAUCACUUCUUGGUGUUGCUAGGGAACUUACUUGAUUUAAACCCAGUUGCAGUACCAUCACUUAACGGGUUCUAGAAAUGCAUGCUAUCAGACAAAUAGAAAUGAUAUUCUUAAUUAAAUAAAAGAAGAAUAAGUUCUAAGAAUGUUUAUUACUAUUAUUUACUUUGCAAAACACUACUAAUCAGUAUUAUAAAUAAUACAAACAAUCUUUCAAUUUGUUUUGUGUGGGUGUUAAACCUUGGCUAUUCCUUUGUAGGUUUUAAGAGUUUGGAAACAAAGUGCUCAGGAUAAAAGGCUGAAGAAUAAUUGUGUAAGAGGGCAGUUUAAGAUAUUUCAUAACAUUUAUUUAUAUAGGUCACCUAGUACUGGCUUACAUUGGGCUGGGCAUGGGGGAGAUCAGUAGUGCAUAUAAAAUUAUCUGGGGAAUACCUCUCUUGGAUAUCAAACCCUCGUAAGACAGACAUGAAGGUUGGAGAAUAACAUUAAAUUGUAUAUUUAGGGAAAUUGGUUAUGAGAACAGGAUGUUAUUUGAACCCGCUCAGGAAUGUGUGUGGUUUGUAUUAUUUUUUAAGUUUUGGGUAAAUUGAGAUCUGUUGUCUGCAAGUGAUGGCACUGUAGUGACUGCUUUUGGUCUUGUAGUUGGGUAAGUCUCUGUAAUUAUUUCAUAUUUUGAUUUAUUAGUUCUGCAAAUGAUCCCAAGACUGAUUAGAUGUAGUUUAUUUAAAAAAUAAAGAAUAACACAAGGAGUUUUACAUACUUCAUUUAAUCUUGCAGGGAUAGUGAUUCUGCAUCAUACUCCAUACUGGAUCUGUAUUGCCGGGCUCCUACUAGUAGUCCGACUUCUUUAGAUUAGCAUUGUAUCUCCAAUGCAGACCUUGUGCCAAUCAAAUUUAAUGUUGUUUCAUUUGCAGUUCAGUGUUAGUCUGGCCAGACAGUGAAAUCCUCUGACAGAAGUUAGUUAUACCUCAUCAUUAUGUCUCUGUAAAUGGAAAAGCUUGAUUUAACGAAAUGUGUGGACCCAGAUUUAUUGCACUAAGUGCAUGUGUGCUGUGUCCUGUGUGUGUUGCACACAGGAGGAACACGUGUUUGAAUAUUAUAGAGUAGAUCAUGAUGCUCUGUGGGGAUGGAUAGAGACAUACAUAUACUUCCACAAAGUUUUCCAUUAUUGUGUGACAUUAUGAGCUUUUAUUUUGCCAAAUAGCAAAUAAUUAAUUAUUAGUAUUUAUAUUAUUAUUAUAGUAUAUUAUAUUGCUGCUGCUGCUACAACUACCACUAUUACAUCCCUUGUUUAAGUAACGUACAGAUUUUUUUAUUCUGUAAUAUAUUGUAAUGUAUUCAGCAGUGAACUUUUUCAUUUUGUAAGAAGCGGAUAAGUGAAUAAUGGUAUUUGAUUUGAACUUGAGAUUAUUUGCAAACAGGAUAUAAAUUGAAGAUGACUGUCUUCUGGAAUGUUGCACCAUGUAGUCUGGUAGAAAUUGACAAGCAUUUCAGAGGUGCCUGCUGCUUCUGCCAUCAGGUCAGAAGUCUUCAUGACCCCACAUCCCAGAAGACGGUGGUCUUCAUACUUGCGCUUUUAGAACCUGAAAUCUCAGCAGGAUAUACAUUUUUGAUUUAUUUAUCAUUGUUAUCAAUGAAGUAGAACUUUGAAACUGUGAAUUUAUCACAAAGAAAUUAUGGAAUCUGUUAAAUAAUUUGAAGCAGUGGUCACUUGAUUUUUGCUUUGAAAUAUCUGUAUUUAUGACCUAAGGAAUGUAGUUUUUCUUUGCUUCUUCUUCAAAUUACUAUUUUGGUACAAAAUGUACAAGAAUACUUUGAAAUAUUACUUGGCUUGCUUGCGCAAUAUAUAUAAUAUUUAAGAGAGAAUGGAAAGAAUGAAGCUGUAACUAGAGUAAGGUCCCAUAGACAUGCCAAUGAUAGAUAAAAAAUGCCAGGUAUUUUACUCACAAUAAAAGAAAUGUCUUAGUUAUUUUUGUCCUUGGCUGGUGUUUAAUGUAGGCUACUUUCUGGUCUAUACAAGGCUUCCGAAUCCCUUCAAAGAAAUUUGCCCAGAAGAUGGUAACUGUGGUGUGUUCAGAGUGUUGGAGAACCUUCAACAUUCUGUGUGGUUUAUUACUAGAAGCUGAAGUUAUACAUUAAUGAUGUGUUGUAAUGGGAAAAGAUGUUAUAUGAGGCCAGAUCAAAACAUAUUGAGACCAAAUCUGUAAAACCUGAAAUAUUGUACUUACAAAAAUUUAAUGAGAUAUGUAUUCAGUCUUGAUGUUGUUUCAUCAGACCUCACACUGACAGACAAAUUGAGGUUGCCACUUCGAAGGUUUUUUUAAAUUUUAAGAUUUAUCUUGAGGAGUCUUUAUGUGGUGUUUACAUUUUACACACACAUUCUAAAAUAAAUUUUGGUUGCUGUAAAAGGCUCAUUCUUAGAAAUUGAACCAGCAAAUAGUAUUAAGAUAAUUUCAUUCAGAAAUCCAGAGAAAGAAAUUGUUGAUAUACAGUGUAUGUCUAGUGUUGGUUUGUACUAUACAGAUCCAUCUGCCAUUUGUUGGUGCUAUGUACUUAACGUGAUAAAUAUGAAGUUAUUCUAAGUUAAUAGGUAAUGUAAAACUUCAGCUACAUUAAAAAUUUAUAAAAUCUAAAUUAUUUACAUUGUACGAUCAACUAAUGAAACUUAAGAAAUGUGAAAAUUAGGGAUUCCUCGGAUAUGAUCAAAACCUGAAGAUUCUGAUCAAAAACCAGAGAGGUGGCAGUCUUAGAUUUAGUUAUGAUUCUUUGAUAGGACAUCUAUCAUCUAUAUUUAAAAAAUUGAAAAAAUCACCAUGGCUGAUCGUUCUACAUAGGAAACAGAAUACAGAUUUGUUUGAGACAUUUUACCAUUCUUUCUGCAGGUAAUAAAUCACAACCAAUUAAGUGAACUUUGCUUUAAAUCAAUCAGUGAAACAGAAACACUCAUAAAUGUGUGUGGAAACACAGAUUAACAUUUUAAAUAAUGUGUGGCUGCUUGGGAAAUCCAGGUCAAUCUGGGAGGUGUCGUCACACCAUGUUAUUUUAAGAUAUUAUUCUUACUGCUGUUUAUUUUUAGUGAAAGCAAGUGGUCAGAACAUUUUCAUUCAAAUAUAUCCACCUUGGACAAAAAAGUAUCCACAUAAAUUUAUGACUAGAAUUAUUGAUGUAAAAUAUAUCUUUACUUUGUUUUAAAGUAUAAAAUGAAUUAUAACUUGAAUAAAAAACACACCAUAUAGUUUAUGCUGUCUGUGUUUUUUGAUUUUUUUGUGUGGAAAUGUUGCAAUUUACUUUUUCUUUUCAGUUAUGGUGUGUCACUUAUAAUAAUAAUAAUAAUGGAAAUGAUGAAUAAUUUAAAUUCUAACAAUUUGUGGAAAAUAUGUUCAUUCAUUCAAAUGCUAUUAAUUCAAAAGUAUAGACAGCAGUUAUUAAGUAAUGAAUUCUGUCUGUAGAGAUAUUUAUUUUAGUGUGCUAAGCACAGAAAUAACUGUACAAACCAAUUUUUACAUUGAUUCCAUCUUAGCUAUUUUAGACAUUGAUUGAUUUGUGAUGUCCACUUUCUGAUAUGAAAUUCCAUUACACGUUGCAUUUAAAAUUGUUUUAAUCAUUAAAACAAAAUACAACAAAAAAUUUGGCACAGGCUGUUACAUCUUGAAGAGUUCAGACUAGUUCACGGCAACACUUAACUUGUGGCACUUUAACCCAUUAAAACUCAGUGGUAACUAUGUGCACCACUUGUUGAAACAAUCUGUAACCCUGCAUUGUACCUACAGAAUAUAUUUAUGAGUUGCAUAUGAUUCUCAAAGUGAACUGCAUUAAUGAAUUGUUCUUUGUAAUGGACAAAUGUUGUUUUUCCUGUGUUGUAAGUAGUGAAACUUUAAAUGUUAUGUGCAUGAGAUUCAGCUUCAAAGGUUUAACUUUUAUUGUUUGUGACUAAAGUGGUAAUUCUUUUGAUAGAUAAGAAUCCUUCUUCAGAAGCUGAUAGUUUCUCAGCUGGUCAAAAAUAUUCAUCUUUAUGAAACUUUAAAAAAAGGGUUCUGGUAUUUACAAGGUGGAGAAACCUUUAUAGGUUGUUAGGCAAAGAGAUAAAACUUUGAAAUAUGGAGUAAAGUACUGUUACAUUUUAAAUGUGAUUACUACCAUCGUGGCUCUAUCUUGACUUUAUGAUUUUCUAAUUAGGAGUCUGUUAUUCCUUUAUAUUUAGUAAUAUUUUUAAUGGUUUUAAUUUUUAUUUUUGAAUGUUAUGAAAUAUGGUGCCAGAACAACCUACAGUAAGGAAAUAAAGCACUGCUUUUUUGUGUCUUAUUAAUACAGGAAAAAUCAACGUUUGAAGUUAUACACUGAAAUAUUACUUCAGAAAUGUCUUUCAUUUAGUGUGUCAUGAAGUAGUCUGUGAACUGAAGCUGUCUCAUUUCAAGAUUACUGAAGUUUUAAGUACAUUGAAUCUGAGAGUGAAUCUGAAUGCUUAAUGGUGUCCUGUGCAUUAAAAAUGAAAGUUACAUAAUGAGCAUAUGUGUCAAGUUUUUAUAUUAUGUACUGGUCAAGCACAUGAUUUAAAUAAAGUGUGCUGUAUGAAUGAAUGAUAUUUCCUGAUUAUUGAAAAUAAGUGCAUUGUGAUAUUAACAGUAUGAUUAUUACUGAAAUAUUUAUGUUAUUAAAUUUUUAGCAUUAAAUAGAACUGCAUAAUUUA